AUGUCUUCCUAUGAAUGUCUUUUGCCAAUCAGUGGUGAAUGGAAAACUGAUGUCACCAAUUGGCUUUCCGAAGAUGUCCCAUCUUUUGAUUUUGGUGGAUACGUAGUUGGUACUGAACAUAAGACAGCUACUUUAUUAAUUAAAUCAGAUGGUGUGCUUAGUGGUGUUCCAUUCGCUACAGAAGUCUACAAGCAAUGCGAUUUAGCUGUUGAGUGGCAUUUCCAAGAAGGUACGUAUAUUGAUGUAUCGAAAUCUACAAAUGGUAAGAUUGCAGUGGCUACUGUAUCAGGUAAAGCUAAAGAUAUUUUACUCGCAGAGAGAACUUCUUUAAAUAUUUUAAGCAGAGCUUCAGGUGUUGCAACCACAUCUCGUAAAAUCAUCGAGUUGGCUCGUCAAAGUGGUUACACUGGGAUCAUCGCUGGAACUAGAAAGACUACGCCUGGUUUACGUAGAUUAGAAAAGUAUUCUAUGCUCGUUGGUGGUUGCGAUACUCAUCGUUACGAUUUGUCCUCAAUGGUAAUGCUUAAGGAUAAUCAUAUUUGGUCUCGCGGUUCUAUUACUAACGCUGUCAAUGAUGCAAGAAGUGUCUGUGGAUUUGCGAUGAAGAUUGAAGUAGAGUGCCAGUCAGAAAGUGAAGCAGAUGAAGCCAUUUCUGCCGGUGCGGAUAUUAUUAUGUUAGAUAACUUUAAACAUGAAGAACUGAAAGUAUGUGCAAAAUCUUUGAAACAAAAAUGGUUAAAUAAGAAACAUUUCAUGUUAGAAUGUUCGGGUGGUUUGACUCCGGGAAAUAUUGAUAGUUUCCUGUGUAACGAUAUCGAUAUCUAUAGCACCAGUUCAAUCCAUCAAGGUGUCUCAGUAGUGGAUUUUUCUUUAAAGUUAGAUCAUUAA